AUGACAGAUUACACGGAACUUAGCGAGCUUCCAGUGAGUGUACAACAGGUGAAGAAUUGUGCUUUUUCCAGCUGGUACCACAACUUUCAAGGCCACACACCGAAGGCCGAGAUCAUCAAGCCACUACCAGAGGGAUUCAUUCGGUACCUAGAAGAAGACGGCAUUAGGCUUCCUAAUGAUAGCAACUUCCACCAGUCUUCGUAUUACCAAGAUAUCCAGAAAAGCGAGGAAAAUGAAUACAGUUAUUGGGAGGAGCAGGAGAGUGAGGAGGAAAACGAGAGGGAGAAGAGCUCGAGAGAACGCCCCGAUGCAAAUGUAACAUCGAUGUUCCCGGAGCUGCACGAAAAGUUGAAGAUUACAUUUCAACAAAUGGGUCCUCUGACUCCAAAACUGACGUGGUCGAGUCCCAAGGAUGCGACUUGGAUUCUUGCCAACAACAGUUCAAAAUGCCACGAAAUCAAUGACGUAUACUUGCUGCUCAAGGCCUCAAACCAUAUAACACACGAUCUAGACAGAGCAUUCGAUGUUUGUUUCGAUCGCACUUCGCUAGCGGAAAGCGCCGAGAAGUUUGGCCACGAGCUCAUUUUGCGUAAAUGGUUCGACAUCAACCCGGCUCUGGAGUUUCGCGUCUUUGUGAAUGACGCGAAAGUCAUAGGAGUCUCGCAAAGAGAUCUGAACUUUUACGAUUACCUACUGCCGCUAGCGGACAAUUUCAAAGAUCUCAUUGACGAGUUCGUGGAUGAACAAGCCAAUUCGAAGUUCCCGGACUCUUCGUAUGUUUGCGACGUGUACAUCCCGCGACCUUUCGAUAAGGUAUGGCUCAUCGACUUCAAUCCUUUCUGCAGAAAAACCGACUCGCUCAUGUUUUCUUGGAACGAACUUCUCACGCAAAGCCCAAGCACUCCAGAAGACGACUACGAACUACGGUUGGUAACGGAAAACAACGUUGCACGAUUUGCCGGCAAAGAACAUUCCGAAAACCAAGUUCCACAAGAUGUGGCAGAUGCCGUUACAAAUCCCGACGCAAUCAAAGAGCUGGCAUCCAAGUGGUCAGAGCUUCUAAAAAUGCAGCAAGCUGAAGACUCAAGUGAUGACGAUGAAUGA